AUGUAUUCAACACAGAACUACGGCGAGCAGCCGCAAACGCAGCCUGCUGGCCCGUCGUAUGGAUAUCAGCAAGGUCCAUACCAAGGCGGUUACCAAGGCGGUUACCAAGGUCAGUACCAGGGCCCUCCAGCUGGACACCCUCAGGGCCCCUAUGGCGGCUACGGGCAAGUAGGCAAUGCGCCCCCACAUCCUGGAGGCCAGCAGGCCCAAAACAACCCGGCGCCGCAAAAAGGCGCCCUCGGCUUCGCCAUGAAUCCAGACUGGAGCCAGUACUUUUUCGCAGCUUCCUGCUCAAUUAUGCUGGGAGCCUUCAUCGGCGGUCUUUGCCUCUUCUUUUCUUUUGAGUUAGUCGAUUUCCUGGAAACCUGCUAUAUUCUGCUUUUUGGGGGUGUCCUUGCCCUGAUGGACACUCCCUGCUUCAAGACCAUGAAGACGGUCAAAGACCACCGUGAGUACUUCUCAAAGUACAUCGGCAUCCUCACACGAGUGACAGGCAAGGGCGUUGCCUUCCUGUUCCUCAGCUGUUCACUUUUCUCCACUAUGUGGGACAAUCUGGAGAGCACCUUCAUGAAGUUUCUGGCCUUCGUUCUCUGUCUUCUGCCCACGCUCGUUGGCAUUGCGGCGUUGGUUAUUGGCUUCAUCAAGAGCCAGAAGCUGAACAAAGCAAAGGAAGCCUUGUCAAGCCAGAUCACCGACAGCGUUGGCACGCUUUACGACCAGUAUGCUAGAACAUAUCCUGGGCUUCACGGUGGUCUUACGAUGGUGGAGUUCAGCGACCUGACCGACAAGCUCGCAGGAUUCAAGUGGGAAGAUACGGAUCUGAAGCUGAUCUUCAAUGCCCUUGUCAGCAACCCUAUCUGGCGGUCGAAUCCUACAGGCUUCGGUGCCGGUGGCCAGCCGACGGUUGACUUUGCCAGGAUCCCCCGCGAGGACCUGGUCGGCUGGGUGCGGGGUGGUAUAGUUUGGCUGUGA